AUGAAGUUGAGAGAAGGAGGAAGACAGGGCAGCGAGAGAAAGAGGGCCCGCGGCGUGGAGGGGGAGAGCUGAGGUGCAGGGUCACCGCCAUGGUCAGAAGAUGGACGAGGUGGCUGUGAAGCAGGGCUGCCUGUACCUGCAGCAGCAGCAGACUUUUGUCAAGAAAUGGCGGCGUUUCCGGGCUGUGCUGUACCGAGAGUCCGGCUGCACGCUGGCCCGGCUGGAGCUCCAGGAGUACCCGGAGAAGCAGCGCCGCGGAGAGGCCGCCCGGCGUGUGGUCCGCCUCAGUGACUGCUUUCGGGUGGCCGAGGCCAGUGGGGAGGCCAGCUGUCCCCGGGAGACCAGUGCCUUCCUCCUGGAGACCAAGGAGCGCCAGUGGCUGCUGGCGGCCCCCACCGCCGAGCUUGGUGACUGGCUACAGGCCAUCUGCCUGCUGGCCUUCCCGGGCCAGAAGAAGGAGCUCUCCGGGCCGGGGCUGGAGGGCCAGCCGGGGAAGAGCAGCCGGCCCCGCAUGGAGGAGAACGAAUUGUACAGCAGUGCGAGCUCAGUGGUGGCCCAGAAGAAGUUUGCUGUGACCAUCAGGCCUACUGAAGCUAGCGAGAGGUGCCAGCUCUGGGGACCUCAUACGCUCCGGGUUGGGGAGAGUGCCCUGGAGCUGUGGGGCGGCUCGGAGGCAGGCACCCUACUCUACAGCUGGCCUUACAGGUUUCUGCGGCGCUAUGGGCGAGACAAGGUGACCUUUACCUUCGAAGCAGGCCGGCGCUGCCUGUCCGGGGAGGGCAACUUUGAGUUUGAAACCCAGCAAGGCAACGAGAUCUUCUUGGUUCUGGAGGAGGCCAUCUCUGCCCAGAAGAACGCAGCCCCCCCGGGGCCCCACACGCAGUCAGUCACUGUCCCCAGCGGGCUGUUCCAGCUGGAGAGCCCCUACUCCCGGCCCCAUGACUCCCUGCCGCUGCCAUCGUCCGCCACGGUAGUGCCUACGCCCCGGCCUCGGGGUGCGGAGGGGGAAUACGCGGUGCCCUUCGAUGCUGUGGCCCGGUCCUUGGGAAAGAGCUUCAGGAGCAUCCUGGGGGUCCCUCCCCAGCUCCUGGCUGACCCUCUGUAUGACAGCAUCCAGGAGCAGCAGGCCCCCCACCCCGACAGCAUCCCGGAGCACCAGGCCUCCCGCCCCGACCACAUAUACGAUGAGCCUGAGGGGGUGGCUGCCCUCUCCCUGUAUGACAGCCCCCAGGAACCUCAGGGUGAGGCAUGGAGGAGGCAGGCCAAAGUGGACAGGGACCUUGGCAGCCUCCAGCAUGUCUUUCCAGCAGGACAGGACCUCUCUGCCUCGGACUGGCCUCAGGUGACUGAGUAUGACAACCUCAUACUCAAGAAAGGCCCAAAGUGAUGGGGGAGAUGGAGGAGGUGCAGUCCACAUCAGAGCUGCUAGGCGAUGCUGGGAGUGGGGGUGAGAAGCUGCGAGGAGGAGUGAGGAGCAGGGGGCGGGGUGUUUGUGUGUGUGUCAGGCAGACCUCCCCCUGUGGCUUCUGCUUCUGGUGACUCCUUUUGGUCACUGCACCCACAGGACCUCCUCCUGCCCCUCAUGUGUUCCUGAUGGCUUGGCCCUCUUUCCUUUGGUUUGGUGACUUGCCCUUUUUAGUGCCCACGGGGUGGUGGUGGGGACAAGGGGGCACCCUGGGGAGACCCGCCUUCCUCCCACUUCUGGUCCCAGCCUGGGACAUUGGGAGCAGGGGAUAAGAGGAUGCAGGAUGGAUACCUGUUUCUGUGGGGCUCAGACUUCU